AUGAUUAAUAAAAAAUAUCGUUUUUUUAUAUUUCUUUUUCUUUUUCUUUCUCUGUUCUUAUUCUUUUUAUCUAUAUUCUUACUCUUUCUUUCUUUAUCAUUUUUCAUUUUCCAUUCCAUAUCUUUCUUCUUCUACAUUUUUGCUUUAUUCUUAUUUUUAACUUAUUCUCAUGUUUUUUCUUUUUUCGUUUUCUUGUUUCCAUUUUUAUUCGUCCUAUUUAUUCAUAAUUUAUACAUAAUAUAUUUUUAUAUACUGUUACAUUCUCUUACUUUCUUUCUACACACUUCUUUUUGUGUUUAUCCCUCUUUCUUGCUUUCUCUUUCUUUCUCUCUUUUUAUUUACUUCUUUUCGUAUUUCUUUCUUACUUUUUUCUUCUACCUUUUUUCUUUUUGUAUUUGCUCUUUCUUUCUUUUUUUAAAUAUACCUUUUCUUCUUUUAAAAAUAUUAUUUCUCGUUUUCGCUUUCAAUCUUCAUCCUGUUUCUUUUUCUUUCUUUCUUUCUUUCUUUCUUUCUUUCUUUGUACUUUUCUCUUUUUACUGCUUUACUUUUAAAUUUGUAUAUUUCUUUUUUCUUUCUCUUUACUUCUCUCUUUCUUUCUUUCUUUCUUUCUUUCUUUCUUUCUUUCUUUCUUUCUUUGUUCUUUUUACACAAUCUUUUUCUUUUUUUUAUAUUUGCUCUUUCUUUCUUUCUUUUUUUAAUAUCCCUUUUUCAUUUAAAAAUUUCUUCCUCUUUUCGCUUUCAUUAUUCAUAAUGUUUUUUUCUUUCUUUCUUUCUUUCUUUCUUUCUUUUUCUUCUUUCUUUCUUUUUCUUUCUUCUCAUUCCGAAGCUUAUCUUUUUUUCUUUUUAUACUUGCUCUUUCUUUCUUUUUUUAAAUAUACAUUAUUCAUUUUAAUUUUUUUUCUCUUUUUCUCUUUCAUUCUUGAUCCUCUUUCUUUUUCUUUCUUUCUUUCUUUCUUUCUUUCUUUCUUUCUUUCUUUCUUUCUUUCUCAGUACUUUUCUCUUUUUUACUGUAUUACCUAUAAAUUUCUUUAUUUCUUUUUUCUUUCUCUUUACUUCUCUCUUUCUUUCUUUCUUUCUUUUUCUUUCUUUCUUUCUUUCUUUCUUUCUUUCUUUCGCUGUUCUUUUUACAGUUUUACUUCUAAUUUUCUUUAUAUCUUCUUUCUUUCUUUUGUCAUCUUAAUUCCUAAGCAAUCUUUUUCUUUUUUUUUAUAUUUGCACUUUCUUUCUUUCUUUUUUUAA